UUCUCUCUCUCACUCUCACUCUCUCUCUCUCUCUCUCUCUUUCUCUAUCUCUCUCUCGUCGAUCGAGUUCGCUCUACGCAGAGAGAGGCGGAGCCGAGGAAGGAGGAGAUGGCGGAAGCGAAGACCGUGCACUCGCCGCUCCUCACCUACUUCUCCAUGCUGUCGCUCCUCACCCUCUGCCCUCCCUUCGUCAUCUUGCUAUGGUACACAAUGGUGCAUGCUGAUGGGUCCAUCACCCAGACUUUUGAUUACCUGAGGCAGCAUGGACUGCAAGGAUUCCUAGACAUAUGGCCCAGGCCAACUGCCGUCGCUUGGAAGAUCAUCUUCGUUUAUGCUGCAUUUGAGGCGGCGCUGCAGCUCCUUCUUCCUGGAAAGACUGUCAAGGGCCCUAUAUCUCCGGCGGGGAAUCAGCCAGUGUAUAAGGCAAAUGGAAUGGCAGCGUAUUUUGUGACCUUGAUCACCUAUCUUGGCCUUUGGUGGUUUGGGAUUUUUAACCCCACGAUUGUUUAUGAUCACUUGGGCGAAAUAUACUCCGCACUCAUUCUUGGAAGCUUCAUCUUUUGUAUUUUCUUGUACAUUAAAGGUCACCUGGCACCAUCGUCUACCGACUCUGGUUCUACGGGGAAUAUAAUAAUCGACUUCUAUUGGGGUAUGGAGCUCUAUCCUCGGAUUGGCCAGAACUUUGAUAUUAAAGUUUUCACAAAUUGCAGGUUCGGAAUGAUGUCUUGGGCAGUUCUUGCUCUAACCUAUUGCAUAAAGCAGUAUGAACAGAACGGAAAAGUUGCUGAUGCAAUGCUCGUGAACACCAUAUUGAUGCUAGUGUACGUCACCAAGUUCUUUUGGUGGGAAGUAGGAUAUUGGAACACAAUGGAUAUCGCACACGAUCGAGCUGGCUUCUAUAUCUGUUGGGGAUGCUUGGUAUGGGUCCCAUCCAUCUAUACUUCUCCUGGCAUGUACCUUGUCAAUCAUCCUGUUAACCUGGGAACUCAGCUCGCACUUUAUAUUUUGGCAGCAGGCAUUCUGUGCAUAUAUAUCAAUUAUGAUUGCGACAGACAGAGGCAAGAAUUUCGCAGAACAAAUGGCAAGUGCUUGGUAUGGGGGAAGGCUCCAUCGAAGAUAGUGGCUACGUACACGACCACAUCCGGAGAGACCAAAAACAGCCUCCUCUUGACUUCAGGAUGGUGGGGCUUAUCACGUCACUUUCAUUAUGUGCCCGAGAUUCUUGGAGCCUUUUUCUGGACUGUCCCUGCACUGUUUAAUCAUUUUCUGCCUUACUUUUAUGUGAUCUUUCUCACAAUCCUAUUGUUUGACCGGGCAAAAAGGGACGACGAUCGUUGUCGAUCAAAGUACGGCAAGUACUGGAAGUUAUAUUGUGAGAAGGUACCGAACCAAAUUAUUCCUGGUAUUUAUUGAGGUUCAGCGAGAAGUCAUGUAUGGGGAGAUAUGGCUGGCGAAAGGAGCUCCCCUGGAUUGGCUUUGGCUCAUUCUCAUGUACUUUGGAACAUGUCCCUGUACUUGAAUUUUAUAGGAGACGCCGGCAGUAGAGUUACUUUCCGAGUUUUCUUACAUGCAGCAGCAAUUAACAUUGCGUUUAUCUUUGACUACUCUAUGGUCCCGAAUGACCUUGUAUCGAACAUGGAGUAUGGGCACUCGGUAACUGUAGCUUUAGUUUGAACCAGUUGCCUUGAACAUUAAGGUUUUCAGACGCAGUCGUCUAUUUCUGCUUGUAUGUUGAUUUUGACAUGGAAAUUGCAUGGUGGAGUUAAUAUCGAA